AUGACGAACAAAAGGCUGCAUCGGAAGUGGACAUUACCUCUUAUCGCGAUUUUGGUCAUCACUCCUCUUGUGGCGGGACAAUGUGGAUAUCGUUGUGGUGGUGGCGGCGGUGGUGGCGGUGGUGGUGGUUAUGCAUCUCCUUACGGUCAAUACGUAGCACUCCACCAACCUAUACCUCAACAUCUGCCUGAGCCUGUACCUCAGCCAAUAUUCACACAACAGCCUACGGGUUACUUUUACAGAACGGGUAAUUACGAUCAAGGCCAUGCGGAAGUCAUCGCCAGUGAAAAGGAAGCUGCGCCGCUUCUAUUACCCACAAAAGUACCGGAAUAUGAGGAUGCCGAUAAGAAGGUGGCAGAACUGAAAUCAGCAUUAUCUGAAGAAUCGAAUGAUGUUGCCGAGAGCCUUACGAUUGCACCAGCAUCGACGUACAUUCGCGAAACGGGAGGUUAUCAACCCCCUGUUUCUCAUCAAAUAGCGUAUCGACCACAAUUGCCACCAUUACCUCAACCAGUACCACAGCCUGGCUGUAUCCCAAUGCUCCCCCCACACUAUCGGCCAGCUCCUUACAUGCCAAGAGGAUACGUGACACCAUAUGCUCCCAUGCCAACAUAUGCUCCUCCGCCGCCGCCACUCCCUCCUCCUCCUCCACCUCCAUACCAUCAACCGUUGCCAGGAGGUUGGUUCUGA